AUGUUCUUCGCCUCACCAGCUCACCCCCAGUCGAACGGCCAGGUCGAAGCAAUAAACAAAAUUAUCAAGAAGCUGCUAAAACGACAACUGGACAACGCAAAAGGUGCCUGGCCGGAGAAGCUUCUCGAAGCACUUUGGACCAUUUGGACAUCCUUUCGAAUGCCCACAGGGGAAACUCCUUUCUUUCUUACCUUUGGAUCAGAGUCCAUUGUCCCAGUAGAGAUCGGUGAGCCAUCUUACCAAAUGGAAAGUUUCGUACCUAAGGCCAACGAGACGGCACUUGCACUGAACCUUGAUUUGAUCGAAGAACGCCGAGCGCAAGCUAAUCUUCGGAAUGAGGCAUACAAACAACGCAUCUCUCGGUACUAG